AUGUGUGGAAUUUUGGCCGUGGUGCUUGCCAACCAGAAGAAUAAUGUUGCUUCCGAGCUUUUUGAAGGUGCCAUGUUCCUUCAGCAUAGAGGCCAGGACGCUGCUGGUAUAGUGACGUGUGGAGCCAGAGGCCGUUUCUACCAGUGCAAGGGUAACGGUAUGGCUAGAGAUGUGUUCACCCAGCUGAGAAUGGUCAACCUCGUGGGUAACAUGGGUAUCACUCACUUGAGAUACCCUACUGCUGGUUCUAGUGCUGGCAGUGAGGCCCAGCCGUUCUAUGUCAACUCGCCAUAUGGUAUUUGCAUGUCCCACAACGGUAACUUGGUCAACUCGCUGGAGUUGAGAGAGUACUUGGACGAGACCGUCCACAGACACAUCAACACGGAUUCGGACUCUGAGCUUUUGCUCAACAUUUUCGCUUCUGAGUUGGACAAGUCCAACAAGAGCCGUGUCAACAACCAGGAUCUUUUCGCUGCCUUGACCCUGACCAUGUCUUUCGUUAGAGGUGCUUACUCUUGUACUGCUAUGCUUGCUGGUUAUGGUGUUAUUGGUUUCCGUGAUCCUAACGGUAUCCGUCCGCUUUUGUUUGGUGAGAGAACCAACGAAGACGGUCUGAUCGACUAUAUGCUUGCCUCUGAGUCUGUCGUUUUGAAGGCUCACGGCUACAACAAGUUCAGAGACAUUGGUCCUGGUGAGGCUGUUAUCAUUCCAAAGGCCCCAGACGCCAAGAACAAGCCUGAAUUCAGACAGGUUGUGGAACCAAAGAUCUUCUCUCCAGAUAUCUUUGAGUACGUCUACUUCGCCAGACCUGACUCUGUGUUGGACGGUGUUUCUGUCUACAGAUCCAGAAUCGAAAUGGGUAACCGUUUGGCUACUAAGAUCCGUAAGAGUUUCCCUAACCACGAUGUUUUGGGCGAGAUCGAUGUGGUGAUUCCUGUCCCAGACACCUCGCGUACCUCUGCUUUGCAGUGUGCCGUGUCUUUGAACGUUCCUUACAGAGAGGGUUUCGUUAAGAACAGAUACAUUGGCCGUACUUUCAUCAUGCCUAACCAGCAAGAAAGACGCCUGAGUGUGAGAAGAAAGUUGAACGCUAUGGAGUCUGAGUUCAACGGCCGUAACGUCUUGUUGGUCGAUGACUCUAUCGUCAGAGGUACCACCUCUAAGGAAAUCGUUCAAAUGGCCCGUGAGGCCGGUGCUAAGAAGGUCAUGAUCGCCUCUUGUGCCCCACCUAUUCGUUUCAACCAUAUCUACGGUAUUGACUUGGCUGAUACUAAGGCUCUUGUUGGUUUCGAUAGAACCGAGAAGGAGAUUGCCGACGUCAUUGGCGCCGAUAAGGUCUUCUACCAGGAUCUCCAAGACUUGAUCGACUGUUGUACAAGCGAAAAGACCCUGACCUUUGAGGUUGGUGUCUUCACUGGUCAGUACAUCACUGGUCCAGAGGACAACUACAUCCAGGAGUUGGAGAAGAUCAGAGCACAGAAUCAGAGAUUGAAGGAAGUGACCAAGGGCUUGAGCGUGGACGCUUGUAUCGACGUUCUGGACCUCGUGGACGUGAAGGCUGAGCUGGAUAUCUCCAUACAUAACGCUGGCGACCAUGCGCCAUAA